AGUAGAGUGGGGUGAAAAAGAACAGCAGAUGGACCGCAGCUUUCGACACAUCAGCAUAGACUUUAUGUAUAAACUGUGUGUAAGUCAAGUUGCUAUGUCGGUGAGGGGAUUAGACUAGCAACCACCAUUUUUCUUGUGGAUUUUGCUCUUCACACAUGGGUAGGUUUCCAGCAGGCAGGUGCAAGCCCAGCUGCUUGCCAACACACAUGACAGGACAGUGCUGCUAAAUGCCACACACACACACACACAGCAGCGGCACUGUUGUAACUUGGAAGGCACCCAUCCUCUAUGGUGAAGAUGAGUCGGGACCCCCUGCAGGUGAUCGGCGGACAAGUCAAGGAGAUGCCAGUUUCUUCCAAUGGGGACAACACAGCAUCAUGGGAGGAGACGCAGGAGUUCAAUCAGGACCACCCGGACCUUGCCGACAAACCAAAACAAGUGACAGGCAGAAGAGCCCGCAAGGUGGAAGGAGGCGUGUUCUUUCCCAAGCCCGAGAACGCAGUGACUAUCGCCGUUUCUACAAGAGUUCUGUUCCGAACGGAACGGGAGCAGAAAGUGUUUGAGCAGCACGGUGUGGAGGAGUACCUGAGGUACCAAAUCGAACACGAGAACGAACCCUUCGCCCCCGGACCGGCGUUCCCCUUCGUCAAGGCUCUGGAGGCAGUAAACGCUCGGCUUCGUGAGUUGUAUCCGCAAAGUGAGGAGCUGUUCGACAUUGUCCUGGUGACAUACAACCACGCUCAUGUAGGCAUCCGCCUCAUCAACACCAUCAACUAUCACAAUCUGUUCAUAGAGAGGUUUUGCAUGACGGGUGGAAGCAGUCCUAUCGGCUAUCUGAAGGCCUGGCAAACCAACCUCUACCUGUCAGCUGAUGCAGACAAGGUCAGGGAAGCGCUGUCUGAAGGCAUUGCGGCGGCCACCAUGUUCAUGCCAGACAAGGUAACAGAGGUGUCCGAGUCCCAGCUGAGGGUGGCGUUUGACGGCGACGCCGUUCUCUUCUCCGACGAGUCCGAGCGCAUCUUCAAGGCCCACGGGCUGGACAAGUUCUUCGAGCAUGAGCGCGAAAACGAGGACACGCUACUUGACCACGGCCCACUGAAAGGUUUCCUGGAGGCCCUCGGGAAGCUCCAGAAGAAGUUUUACGCAAAAGGCCAGCGCCUGGACUGCCCGAUCCGGACCUUCUUAGUCACGGCCCGAAGCGCGGCCAGCUCCGGGAUCCGAGCCCUGAAGACCCUCAGGGCCUGGGGUCUGGAGAUCGACGAGGCCCUGUUCCUAGCGGGGGCGCCCAAGGGCCCCAUGCUGGAGAAGAUCAGGCCUCACAUCUACUUUGACGACCAGAUGUUUCACGUGGAGGGCGCGACCGAGAUGGGCACCGUGGCCGCGCACGUGCCUUACGGCAUAGCGCAGAAACACAACGCCCGGCACAAGUCUGGCGUGGGCAAGUAGACAAGAUGGAGCACAAACUGAACCUUUACUAGAAAGACACUUCUGUUGUAGGAAUGUUUCUUACAAAUGGUCUUAUCUAGAGAUGUCCGAUAAUAUCGGACUGCCGAUAUUAUCGGCCGAGAAAUGCUUUAAAAUGUAAUAUCGGAAAUUAUCGGUAUCGGUUUCAAAAAGUAAAAUUUAUGACUUUUUAAAACGCAGCUGUACGGAGUGGUACACGGACGUAGGGAGAAGUACAGAGCAGUUGCGUCUCCCAGUCAUACUUGCCAACCCUCCCGAUUUUCCCGGGAGACUCCCGAAUUUCAGUGCCCCUCCCGAAAAUCUCCCGGGGCAACCAUUCUCCCCAAUUUCUCCCCAUUUCCACCCAGACAACAAUAUUGGGGGCGUGCUUUAAAGGCACUGCCUUUGCGUGCCGGCCCAGUCACAUAAUAUCUACGGCUAUUUACACACACAAGUGAAUGCAAGGCAUACUUGGUCAACAGCCAUACAGGUCACAUUGAGGGUGACCGUAUAAACAACUUUAACACUGUUACAAAUAUGCGCCACACUGUGAACCCACACCAAACAAGAAUGACAAACACAUUUCGGGAGAACAUCCGCACCAUAACACAACAUAAACACAACAGAACAAAUACCCAGAACCCCUUGCAGCACUAACUCUUCCGGGACGCUACAAUAUACACCCUCCGCUA